AUGAGGAAAUAUAUAUUGAAUGAUUUUUUUCUGCACCAAAACAAAGUGAGUAAUGAACUAAAAUAUAUAAAUUAAUAAACUAUAAAAUUUUUAUAUAAAGUUAUUAUAAAAAUUAGUUUUUAAUGCACAUUUAUGUUUGCCAGUUUUGUUAAUAAUAUCUUAAAAGUAACCAUAAGUUUUAAUUGAUUAAAGAAAAAAGUUAGACCAAGAAUUGGUUUGUAGUUUUCAUCAUUACUCCGAUGAAAUAAAGUUACUCAUAUACCAUUAGACUGGUCAAAGCUCGUGAGUCACUUGUCUUUGUUUCUUGUUGAGUAACAACUCAACCUGUGACAGUUUCAAAUGAGUGAAGCAACGGCAAGAUUCGAACGGCGGGUCCUGGUGGCGGUGGACGAAGGCGAGGAGAGCAUGUACGCUCUUUCUUGGAGCCUCAGGAACGUAAUUUUCCAAAAUUCCAGAGAUACCCUUAUCCUUCUUUACGUCAAGCCCCCUCAUGCCGUUUAUUCCCCCUUAGAUUCCACUGGCAGGAUAGAUGAUCCUGAAACUCCAGGAUGGUUAAUUUCAGGAUAUUUGUUUUCGCCGGACAUAAGUGCGGCCAUCGAGAAGUACAGCCAAGAAGUGGCAGAUUGCGUGUUAGAGAAAGCCAAGAAAUUGUGUAAAGAUCUCCAAAACGUCAUGGUGGAAACGCGGGUAGAAAGUGGAGACCCAAGGGAUGUGAUCUGUGAUAUGUCUCAAAAGUUAGGUGCUGACUUGUUAAUCAUGGGUAGCCACGGCUAUGGAGUUGUAAAGAGGGCUUUCCUUGGAAGUGUGAGCAAUUACUGCUCACAGAACGUGAAGUGCCCAGUUUUGAUAGUCAAGAAGCCAAAACCAUCUGCUGGUGCUGGAAAAUGAUCUGCCACUUUUGUUCUGUUUUUGGGCUUUCUAUGUAGAAUUUUGUUUUGGGUAUGUGUUGUUUUUCCCUAUGGCGUAGCUAGUUCUUCUAGGAGGAUCUUGUCAUGUGGUUGAUAUUAACGCAGGAAGUACAGGCUUUCUUUUCAGUCUUAGAGAAGAUUUUUGAGAAUUGUGGAUGUCCAAGUGCAUAGAGUUAAACUAAGCCUAAUGCAGUUUGAGUUAGAAAAUUAUUGAGGUAACUUUAGAUAAAUAAAUAAGCAUAUUAACUCGUACGUA